AUGGAACGCAAGACACUAGGUGAGGUCCUGAUGCCCAAAGCUUGGCUUCAGCCACUGGUAGCAGCACUCUUUGAUGCGAGCAGCGAGCAUGCAUCCGACGCUGCCCAGUUCCUGUUUCCGCACAAGGAGAUCUCGAUACUGCAGCUGCCUGGGCCCAAUCGGGUGGCAAAAACAUGCUUCGACGCCCACAUGCAGGCAGAGCUUGAUCCAAGAGAUGAAGCGAGCCGUAUGGCAGCUGAAGCAGAACAGGCACACACACAAUCGAGUGAUCCGGAUGCAGUCGCCCGGGAGGAACAGCACUUGCCCAAGGAGGCAAUCCCGUCCAGACAGGAUUGCCCAGAGAUACACUGCGAGAAGUGCGCCGAGUGCCCAUCGUGCCCCACUUGCCCCUCCUGUCCGCAUGGUUUUAGGCACCCGGAAGGUGAUGAAGGCACACCACCACCAGUCGCAGGGAAGGUGGUCUGCAACCGGAUGGAGAACAACUGCCCAUUCUGUCCGGCAUGCCAGUGUCCGGAGUGCCCUAAGAAGUGUCAGCCGUGCUUGAAUGGCAGCGCCCGAGGAAGCCGCAUCAGAGCUGCCUUGCACUGUGUCGGUAGCGGACCGUACGAGCAACUCUUGGGGCCCAGCGAACUGAGCCAGGCUGAUGUUGAAUGUGUGACACGGCGACAGCUACUUCUCCCGCCGGGAAGCGAUUGGGAGCUUGAGAGGCACAGAAUGCGGGCAGGACAUCGUUGUCGGCAUGGCUGGCCACAGGUGCUCGUGAUGGAUCCGCUACGUUCUUCUGGGAAGAUUGGGGACUUGAUGCGCCUCACAUGCCCGCUACUCGUGUCUGCCAUCGAUGACUACGAGGUCGUGGCAAUUGAGGCUUACAAUAAACGAGUGAAGCACGAUGACGACUGGCUGUCGCAGUUGCUGGCAACGCAUGAGGCACACAGAAGUCUGCGCCAAAGCUUCAUGUCCGAGCACGAGAACAAACUUCUCGAAGCGAGAAAGAUCAUGGGAAACCAGACGGUCGAUGUGAUCAUGUCUGCAGGUCUGGCUAACGUGAAGUUUUCCGUCAACUCCACUGAUGUAAAGUGCUUACAUGCACAAGUUGCUGACCUGCUUUCUCGAGGCAGCAAUGUGAUCGGACGGCAAGUGUUAAUCGACCUGACAGAGAUGGGCGUUCAAGUCGAAGCCACCACAAAGUGCUGUGAUUUUUGCAACGUUAGCAAGCCGCUCGAUCAGUCACAAUGGACCUUUGGCCACGCUAAGAACAAGGUGCCGAACGAUCCGCCGACUGUGAAGCUGGAUGCAAACGGCCAAGUGCAAGCUGCCGACGGCUCACCGGUGAACCCGCUUGUGCAGGCGAUCAACGACGACGUGAAAGAGCAUGCCAGUGGAGUCGGAGGCUACCUUGGGUGUGACGACCUGUUUAUGGAUCAAGGUGGGGAAAGAUGGUCCUUAGCUUGGUUCCUUAGCUGGUAG